AUGUAAAAUCAAAAAUGCUUUAUGAUCAACAUCUUACAAAGCAUGAUACUCUCAUACUCAAUAUAUAACUAAUUCUAAAGUUCUUGUCUCUUGAAUAUGAUACAAUUAAUAAUUAUUAGUUCAAUUACAUUUGCAUUAAUAUUGCUAUAAUAUGCUUUUAAUAAGUUCAUGUUGUAAGGAACUAUUGUAUGCAUAUAAUUGGAUAUGAUUUGCUUGAUAAUAAUGAAUGUUCAUAAUUUAGGUAGGAUACCCUUUCCAUAAAUAAUAAUAGCUUAGAUACUAAUAAAAGACCUGUUUUUGGACUUUAAAUUAGAUUAAAAAGCUCAAUUAUUUGCAUUUUAAGCAAUAAUCUCAAUGUUUUUACUGGCAUACUCAUAUCUGAGAAUAGAAUUCGAUAUAGAAUAGCCAUAAUUAUUGACAUCAUUAUGUAUAUCAUUAUACUUAAAUUCUUAAUUACCGAAGUAAUAACCAUCUCAAAUGCCAUAGAUUUUAACAGAAAUAACUAAUACAAAUAAAUAAGAGGUGUUGAAUUCGAAAAGAAAUGUCUCAUAAUUUGAUUUAGAUUAAAAUCCAUUAUCUUUAGGUAAUAGAGAUACAUCAAUUACUGCUGACAUGGGUAUUUAGGAAACAAGCAUUUAAUGUUUAGAAUUGAUAUAAGAAGGAAUUAUAUUACUUGUUCCAGAAUCCGGUUCUCCAAAUUUUCCUUAUUCAAUUAAAUAUGUAAAUCAAGCCACUAAAAUAUUAUUCAAUAAAGAAACAGAAUAAGAAAUCCUUUAAUUUAUUGAUGGAUUGAAUACAUUUUAAAUAAUGAAUGGCGAACCAAAUGAUGACUUAUUAUUUGUUUCUCAGUAUCAAAGAUAACCAUCUUUAUAUCUUUUUAAAUAAAAUACUGAAAUUAAAGAUUAAGCAUAUUUAUAGCAAAGAAAUCUGAGUUUAGAUAUUUCAUAAAGCUAAGAAAAAAAUUAAAGAUACAAAAUAAAAUAUAUUAUUGACAUGUUAUUGAAAUCUAAAAAAUAAGAAUGUAUUGUUGUUUAAACUCAUAUGAAUUAAAAAUUUACAAUUUUUACUAAUCACUAAAUAUAAACAUCUUAAACUUACAUUAAUCCAGAGUAUAAUUAAUUAUUGGAAUUUACAUUAUCUUUACACAAAAAUUAAAAUAUAAUUAUUAUUUGUAGAGAUGUUAGUCAUUAAUAAAAAAUAAGAUACUUAAAAGAAUAUGAUAAAUAAAAGUCUAAAAUGCUUUCAUUUGUUAGUCAUGAAUAUCGUUCUCCAUUAAAUUGUAUUAUACAAAUGUUAGAAUGUGUUCUUAAAUAGAAUAUAAACAACAGAGACCCAAUAAUAAAUGAAUAAUUACAAAUAGCCUUAGAUAAUUCAAAUUAUAUUUUAAAUUUAUCUAAUGAUUUACUAGAUUUAGCCUAAAUAAAAAAUGGUAAAUUUAAAGUAGAAAAAGUAUCUUUUAAUUUAUAAACAUUAAUUGAAGAAUGCUAAAAAAUGUUUCAAUUGAAAGCUAAAUUAAAAGGAGUUGAAUUAAAUAUUAAUUUCAAUACUAAUGUUCCUAAAAAUCUUUAUUCUGACAGGAAUAGAAUUAAAUAAAUCAUAAUAAAUCUAUUAAGUAACGCUUUCAAAUUUACUUAGAGUGGAAAAAUAAUAAUAAUUCUUGAGAUGAUCAAAUCAAAUACACUAAGGAUUGGAGUAAGAGAUGAAGGAAUUGGAAUUUCAGAAGAAGAUCAACUAAAAUUAUUUAAAGCAUUCUCUAAAAUUAAUUCUGAAGAAAGUAGAAAACUUAAUCAAUAAGGUGUUGGAUUGGGCUUAGUUAUAAGUAAUUAGAUUGCUUAAAAUAUUGGAUCUACAGGACUUAAUAUAGAUUCAAAAAAUGAAAAGAAUAAUCAUUAUUGUCAUUUUUAUUUUGACAUAUAAAUUGAUUAGUCUUUGAAAAAGAAAAUUACAAGUUAUAGAGUACGUGAAGUUUCAAUAUAACCCUAAGAAGUUGAUGAAAUUAGUUUUUAAAAACUUCCUUCAAAUAUAAAGGAAGAUUAAUCUACUUAAUAGGCUUGUCUUCAUUAUUUAAUAGUUGAUGAUGAUUGUUUUAAUAUAUUUGUAUUUAAAGGAAUGCUAUAAGAAAUGUAUAAAAAUAAAAAACACUUAUUUUCAAGUGAGUUUGAUGUUGAUUAAGCCUUAUCAGGUAAAGAAUCAAUAGAAAAAAUCAAAUAAAAAAAAUGUUGCAGUAUUUGUUAAGGUUACAAAAUAGUUUUUAUGGAUGUCGAAAUGCCAAUAAUGAAUGGAUAAUAAACAACUAAAAUUAUUCUUUAAAACUUUCCUAAUUAAACUAUUAUUGGUUGUAGUGGUUAUACAGAUCAACAAGAAUGUGAAAAAUGUAUUAAUUCUGGAAUGGCAGACUUUUUAGUUAAACCAAUAAAAGAGGUAUCAUUAAUUUAAAUACUUUAAAAGUAUUAAUGAUUAUUUAAAUCUAUUUUUUUUGCUUUGCUAUAUAAAUUAUCAUUCCUAAACUUUAUGCAUAAUCUAGAUCUAUUUAAAGCAGUUAUUCUUAAAAUUUUUAAUAUGAUUUCAUUAAAUUUUAUAUAUUAGUUAACAGAUUAUUUGAAUUAAUUAAUAUGGACAAACUGCCUAUUGGUUAUAUUAAAGGAAAAGGAAAUGUAUAUAUGAAUUUGAAUUCUCAAGCCCCUUGAUAAAAAAGUACCAAAAAACAAAUAAUAUGAUCAUGUUAAACAAACCUUAAAUACAGGACCUACUGUGAGGGACAUUGAAGUAGUUAGUAAUGCAAAGGUAGCUAAAAAAAGAUCUGAAUUAUUUAAACGAAUCAAGUGUUCAACUGUAUUUAAUUACAUAAACGUAUAUUAUAUAUAUUAUGAAAGGAAAACACAGAAUAAGAAACAAUUUAUAAAUUAGCAGAUUAAUAACAAUAAGAAUUAGAUCAGUUGCAACAAUUUGAUACAUAAAGUCAAUAUAGUUAGAAGACUCGAUUUACUGAAGUGUCUUAAGUUUCUGCAAUUACAUAUGCCACAGAAUAGUUGGGAAUUACAGAUUAAUCAGAAUUUCUACUUUUGGACUUGAGAGAUCCUGAUGAAUUCGAACUUUAUCAUAUUAAAGAAGCAGUCAAUUUUCCUGCUCCAAACCUAAGAUAAGAUAAAUUAACUUAGUAAAUUUUUAGAUUUGUAUAUUUAAAUAUUCACUUAGAAAAAUUAAAAAGACAAGCACAUAAUUAUUUAUCAUUUUGAUGAAAAAAAUGGUAUCCCUUCAGCCACUCUCUUUGCUGAAAAAGGAUUUGAAAAUGUUUAUCUUUUGAGUGGUGGUAUUGAAAAAUUUCUCUAAAAUUAUCCUUAAGGAGUGAUAGGAAUUAAAGUACCCUCUAUUCCAAAACCUGAAGGUAUUUUAUUUUAAAUAAUUAUAGAAAAUCCUAAUAAAAUUAUAAAGAGGUCCAAUUACAAAGAAACUGAUUCUUAAAUAAAAAAGUCUGAAAAAAAUAUUAGUGAUUCAAAAUCCUAAAUUAGUUAGAAAACUAAAGUUACUAGAUAAUCAAGCUAAUAAAAAUAAUAACAAUCUUAAUAUAUUGAUAAAUGA